CUUCUUUACUAGACUGAGAGCCAGGUGUGCUGGCCAACAACCAUCAUAGACCAGACAUCAUGUCGCUUUUCGGUCAACAGCCAGCUGGGCAAGGAGGCUCCGGCUCCAACAGUCCUUUCUCCGGUCUGAAUCUGAACACCGGCACCACGGAUGCACAGGGUAAACGAAAGUCCAUCUUCGAUGCUUCCACCUCCCAACAAACAUCGCAACCAUUCACCUUCCCUAGUCUUAAUACGAAUCCCACAACGACUUCAAGCGCCUCGACUGGGGGACUAUUCAGUCUUGGUGGCGGCGCAGCUAAAACCUCAGCUCCCACCUUUUCGUUCGGAACAGCCACCACUACCUCCGCACCUUCGACAGGCCUCUUUGGAUCUACAACCGCAACCUCCACUCCUUCAACUGGCUUGUUUGGGGCGGCGAACUCGGCAGCACAACAGCCAGCCGCUACUACGUCCUUGUUUGGCGCCUCAGCAACCACACAGCAACCCGCGAACACCUCUACCUUCGGCAAUGCCUUCUCUGCGAACACAGCGGCGCCUUCUGGCCAACAGCAGGCAGAUGCACCACCUUCCCAAGUUCGAGAUGCCGCCUACUUCAGCAGUUUACUGGAGAGGCAAAAGAAGAAGCCCAAAUUGAAGACUGAGGACAAGGGAAGAGUGGCUCAAUUGUCUGGGCUCAGUAUGGACUUGGGAGAUCUUGCCAGACGUGCUCAAGAGAUUAGGCAGCGUGGUCCAAAGCAGGCAGAGCCAUUCACUGACAGCCGGGCACAUUACUUGCUUGCGGGCUCGGGGGUGUCUCCUGGUCAAGCAUACAAAGACUUUCAAGCGCUCGGACCUGAUGAGGCGCCCCCAAUAUCGCGAAACAUUGCGCAGAGUUUUGCUGAUGAAUCGAGUGCGUACCUGCGAGAUCUCCGAGUCAAAGGUCGUGAUGCGAUGCUCAGGGAAAGCAUGGAUCGUGUCUAUCGUGAGGUGGACAAGUUCAUUGAAGAGAGCUUGGGGGUCGACUUUGAAGAGCAGAAGAUGAGAAUCAUGGAACAUUUUGGUCUUGCGCCUCCAGAAGACAAUGGCGAUGCUUCGGGACCGAAAGCAGGCGGCUUUGGCAGAUCAACGCAACGGGACAAAGGAAGGCCAUCAGAAACCUCCCGAGCUACAAGAAGCAUAUUUGGACGCUCAGCAAUUGACAAGUCCAUCAUUGGCACACCGGGCUCAGGUGCCGGCACGACAUCCUUCUUUAAGAGCGAAGGACCUGCUCCUGCCACUCCUGGCCUAUCAAGAGGACAGAGUCUGCGAGAUCUUCGAGAGAAGGAGAGAGCGUUCAUUGAAAAGGUCCAGCAGCUCAAUAGCGCGAGACUUCAAGACGAGAGUUAUCCCCUGCUGCAAAACUUUGCGGAUGCAGAAAGCGAGCAUGGCAGAGACGGCCCUCGACAGCUGGUCGAUGCUUAUCAUGCGCUGCAUAAGAUCACGAGAGAAGGCAAAUCUUCCAUCAGAGAGCGACAAUAUGCGGAGGCAUAUCUCGAUGAGAAUGAUGAUGCCAAGUAUCUCAAAUUGAAAAAGCAGAUAUUGGAAGGCUCUCGAAGCUACCUAGAAGACGCGUUCUGGCGCGAGUCGAGAUCUUUGGUCGAGAAAAAUCCACGAGAAGGUGCAUUGGGAGGGCAGCCAUCCGUGCUUAAUAUCGUGCGCGCUUACAUCCGGAUACGGGCUGCUCGUAGGGAUCUGGUGCCGGAUGGCGCAGAGCUGCAACAGGUUGGCGGUGAGAAUGGCGACUAUUGCUGGGUCCUCAUCUUCUAUCUGUUGAGAUGCGGCUUUGUGAGAGAGGCGGCAGAAUAUGUCAAGAAUGAUCCUGCCUUCCAAUCGAUGGAUCGACGUGUCAUUUCUUAUGUGACAGCCUAUGCAGACAGUCCUGAUCGACGCUUGCCAAAGGGAGUGCAGAACAUGAUCGACAACGAAUACCAGAAACUUACCAAGCUAGCACCGAAGAACACUGUUGACCCCUACAAGAUUGCUUGCUACAAGGUCAUUGGGCGAUGCGAUCUGACGGCGAGAAACCUAGAUGCAGUCGGUCAAGGUGUUGAAGACUGGCUCUGGCUGCAGUUCACGCUUGCCAGAGAGACUGGCAGGUCAGAAGAAUUGGCUGGCGAGAUCUUUGGCUUGGACCAGAUCCGAGAGACUGUGACAGAGAUUGGUCAAAAACAUUUCCAGAAGACGCAGGUGGAGGGCUCCAGUGCAUAUGGAACUUUCUUGCUGAUGCAGGUGCUUGCUGGCAUGUUUGAACAAGCGGUGGAUUAUCUGCACAAUUUCAACCCUACCAGUGCGGUCCAUCUUGCUAUUGCUCUCACAUAUUAUGGACUGUUGAGGGUUUCGGACUUCUCGGUCGCGGGCAACGAGCUCUUGACCUACUCGACCACUCAAUUGCCCCAGCUCAACUUUGUUCCUCUCAUAGCUUAUUAUACUGCUACCUUCCGUACCGCCUUACCGGUUGCGGCAGUGGACUAUCUCUCGAUGAUCUGCUUGAACUCUGAUCUGCAACCGACAAGUCUCGGACUGGUCCACACGAACGCCUGCCACGAGUGUCUACGAGAACUAUGCCUCGAAACCCGAGAGUUUGCAAAACUGCUCGGCGACAUCCGUAGUGAUGGAACUCGGAUCCCCGGUGCCAUUGAAGUUCGAGCCAAGCUCAUACAUCUCGACACACGAGACGAAUUCUUGAGAUCAAUUACAAGCCAAUCGGCGGCCAUUGCAGAUCAACGCGGACAGAUCUCGGAUGCGGUGUUGCUGUAUCACUUGUGUGAAGACUAUGACAAUGUUGUCAGCGUGCUGAACCGAGCUCUUGCGGAUGCUGUCUCCCUGGAUCUCGGCGAGUCGCCCAUGCAGCUCCAGCCACUGAAGCCCCGACGACCAGAUGGACAGACUGAAUCGUCGGCUAGCACUCAAGGCAAUGGGCCGCAAUCGUCUCUGUCACUCACACAAUCCACCUCGUCACCCAUCGAACUGGCAAGAAAUAUGAUCUCUCUAUACAACGACAAUGCGCUUUACUACAACAAGAUCUCGGCAACUAACCGAGAGGUAUGUGGGGUUCUCCUUCGACUGCUGUCAGUCAGAGCACAUCUCGAGGCACAACCACCUCGAUUUAUGACCGCAUUGGAAGAAAUGAACGACCUCAACAUCCUGCCACUGCGGGCUAACGGUCAUAUCCCCGCCAUCCGGGCCGCUGCCGAUGCUUUCGCUGUCCUUCCGCAGGUUCUUGCUCGGUGCGCUGGAGUCAGUGUGGUAUGGGCUGUGCGGGCAAUAGGUGGCGAGCGGGACAAUAUCAUGCGGGAUGGACGAUGGGAAGCCGGAUAUGGAGGAGAUGCUGAUGGAAUGAAGGAUCAAUUGAGUGAUAUGGCCAAGGAUUUGAUGGUGUUUGCCGGACUGGUGAAGUACAAGCUGCCUGGUCGUGUCUAUGAUAUGUUGACCCGGGUGGGAGGCGAUGUUGGUGCGUUUUGAGGGCACAAUCGUACCCAGGACACGACCAAUGGGCUCGCGAACCACGAGUGCUGUGACAGUAGUAGAAACCAUUGGGGGUGCCGAUAACGGCGCGGCCUGCUCCAGAGCAGGGCCAGAUGCCUGACAGCUUGCACUGUAUGUGACUCUCAUUCCAUGGUCAGGUGCCUAGUGUUUUUGAUUGCGCUCAGCGGUGCCCACCGUGGCAGUGUGGCGAGAUGUGAUAGGUGAUGG